AUGCCAAAUUAUAGACAAACUGCUAUUCUAUCGGUAUACGAUAAGACAGGUCUUUUAGACUUAGCUAAAGGCUUGGUCGAGAAUAAUGUCAGGAUCUUGGCUUCGGGUGGCACGGCGCAGAUGGUAAAGGAAGCAGGUUUCCCAGUUGAAGAUGUUUCAGAUGUCACACAUGCUCCAGAAAUGCUAGGUGGUAGAGUUAAAACGUUGCAUCCAGCUGUUCACGGUGGUAUCUUAGCAAGAAACUUAGAGAGUGAUGAAGAUGAUUUGAAGAAACAAAACAUUGAAAAAAUUGAUUUCGUGGUUUGCAAUUUGUACCCUUUUAAAGAAACUAUCGCAAAGAUUGGAGCUACUAUGGCAGAAGCAGUCGAAGAAAUAGAUAUUGGUGGAGUAACUUUACUAAGGGCAGCUGCAAAAAAUCAUUCGAGAGUCACAAUCUUGUCGGAUCCAAGCGAUUAUGCCAUGUUCUUGAAGGAUUUAUCAACGGAUGGGAAAGUUUCUCAAGAGCUAAGGAAUACGUUAGCUUUGAAAGCAUUUGAACAUACCGCAGAUUACGACUCAGCAAUUUCUGAUUUCUUUAGAAAACAAUACUCGGAAGAUAAAUCACAGUUGCCUUUACGUUAUGGUUGUAAUCCACAUCAAAGACCAGCACAAGCAUAUGUCUCCUUACAAGAAGAAUUGCCGUUUAAAGUGUUAUGCGGUACUCCUAGUUACAUUAACUUGUUGGAUGCUUUGAAUUCAUGGCCGUUAGUCAAAGAAUUGUCGGCGUCUUUGAAUUUACCAGCUGCCGCUUCGUUUAAACACGUUUCUCCAGCAGGCGCAGCCGUUGGUUUACCUCUCUCUGAUGUCGAAAAACAAGUAUAUUUUGUUAAGAAUAUAGAAAACUUAUCUCCAUUGGCAUGUGCAUAUGCAAGAGCCCGUGGUGCUGAUAGAAUGUCAUCUUUCGGCGAUUGGAUUGCUUUAUCCAAUAUUGUCGAUGUUCCAACCGCACAAAUUAUUUCUACUGAAGUUUCAGAUGGUGUCAUUGCUCCUGGUUAUGAGCCAGAAGCUUUGGAAAUCCUGAAGAAAAAGAAAAAUGGUAAAUACUGUAUAUUUCAAAUUGAUCCAAAUUAUGAACCAGGUUUAAUGGAAACAAGAACCGUUUAUGGUGUUAAUUUACAACAAAAGAGAAACAAUGCAAUUAUUAAUCAAUACUCAUUUAGGGAAGUUGUAUCUAAAAACAAAACAUUGACGGAAUCUGCCAUCCUUGACUUAAUUGUAGCUUCCAUAACAGUUAAAUACACGCAAUCAAAUUCUGUUUGUUUCGCUAAAAGCGGUAUGGUUAUCGGUUUAGGUGCGGGCCAACAGUCAAGAAUCCAUUGUACUAGGCUAGCUGCUGAUAAAGCAGAUAACUGGUGGUUAAGACAACAUCCAAAAGUUUUGGCUUUUAAAUUUGCUAAAGGUACUAAGAAACCAUCAAAAUCCAAUGCGAUCGAUGUGUACGUUACAGAUCAAAUCCCAACUGAAGGACCUGAAAAAGAGGACUUUGAUUCUAAGUUUGAAGUAAUCCCUGAACCUUUAUCGAUUGAGGAAAGAAAAGAAUGGUUAUCGAAAUUAAAUAAUGUCUCAUUGUCAUCAGAUGCAUUCUUCCCAUUUCCAGACAAUGUCUACAGAGCUGUCAGAUCUGGUGUCAAAUAUAUUUGUGCUCCUACAGGUUCUGUUAUGGAUAAAGAAAUUUUCAAAGUUGCAGAUUCAAAGGAUUUGAUAUAUAUUGAGAAUCCAUGUCGUCUAUUCCACCAUUGA